UGCCUGUCCUCGGUGGCCACGGCCCUGCAGAGCGGGUUCCUGCCCUACUGCGAGCCCGUCUACCAGCGCUGCGUCACCCUGGUCCAGAAAACCCUGGCCCAGGCCAUGAUGUACAACCAGCACCCCGAGCAAUACGAAGCCCCCGACAAGGAUUUUAUGAUCGUGGCCCUGGACCUGCUGAGCGGCCUCGCCGAGGGGCUCGGUGGCCACGUGGAGCAGCUGGUGGCCCGUUCCAACAUCAUGACGCUGCUUUUCCAGUGCAUGCAGGACACGAUGCCCGAGGUGCGGCAAAGCUCCUUCGCCCUCCUGGGCGACCUCACCAAGGCCUGUUUCGUGCACGUCAAGCCCUGUAUCGCUGAAUUCAUGCCCAUCCUGGGCACCAACCUGAACCCCGAGUUCAUCUCCGUCUGCAACAACGCGACCUGGGCCAUCGGGGAGAUCUGCAUGCAGAUGGGAGCAGAAAUGCAACCCUACGUGCAGAUGGUCCUCACCAACCUCGUGGAGAUCAUCAACCGCCCCAACACCCCCAAAACCCUCCUGGAGAACACAGCCAUCACCAUCGGGCGCCUCGGCUUCGUGUGCCCUCAGGAGGUGGCCCCGAUGCUGCAGCAGUUUAUCCGGCCCUGGUGCACGUCGCUCCGGAACAUCCGCGACAACGAGGAGAAGGACUCGGCCUUCCGGGGGAUCUGUGUCAUGAUCGGGGUGAACCCCGGGGGGGUUGUGCAGGAUUUCAUCUUCUUCUGCGACGCCGUCGCGUCCUGGGUGAGCCCCAAGGACGACCUGAGGGACAUGUUUUACAAGGUACUCACAGCUCGGGGGGGGACUCUGGGGACCCCCCCAUUUUGA